UAUCUCCUCCCUCUGAAUCACAACAAACCUUGAAUCGAUCGGAGAAAAUUCAAUUUUCCCGAUUAUGGAGACGGAAAUUCAGCCUGUCUACAAACCUUACACUUACAUGGGAAGAACUUUCAGUAAUUUAAGCAUCAACAAUGAUUCAUCUUCAUCUUCUACUUCUUCCGCUUUUAGUGAUUGCAACAGCGAUCGAUCCGGCGAAUUCCCUUCCGCUUCAUCUCAGAGUCGCCGUCUUCUAAUCGCAUGUGCUUCCGAGAAUUCCGACGAUCUAAUCCCUCAACUAGUCGCCGAUCUCGAAUCUUCUUCAAUCGACGAACAAAAACAAGCGGCAAUGGAAAUCAGGUUACUAGCAAAGAAUAAAUCAGAGAAUCGAAUUAAGAUCGCGAAAGCCGGCGCGAUUAAACCUCUCAUAAACCUAAUCUCAUCGUCCGAUCCACAGUUAGUAGAAUACGGUGUUACAGCGAUUCUUAAUCUCUCACUCUGCGAUGAAAACAAAGAUAUAAUAGCAUCAUCCGGCGCGAUUAAACCGCUUGUUAGAGCGUUGAAGAUCGGAACAUCGACUGCGAAGGAGAACGCUGCUUGUGCUCUGUUUCGAUUAUCGCAAAUCGAUGAGAAUAAAGCGCCAAUUGGACGGUUAGGAGCGGUUCCACCUCUUGUGAAACUCUUGGAAACUGGAAAUUCAAGAGGGAGGAAAGACGCGUCGACGGCGCUGUACUCGUUGUGUUCGAUUAAGGAGAAUAAAAUUAGGGCUGUACAAGCAGGGAUAAUGAAGAUAUUGAUUGAAUUAAUGGCGGAUUUCAAUUCGAACAUGGUUGAUAAAUCUGCGUUUGUGGUGAGCGUUUUGGUUUCUUUGCCUGAAGCGAAAUCUGCGUUGGUUGAUGAAGGUGGGAUACCUGUGUUAGUUGAGAUCAUUGAGGUUGGUUCACCGAGGCAGAAGGAGAUUGUAGCUUCAAUACUGCUGCAGAUUUGCCAGGAUAAUGUGAUGUACUGUACUAUGGUGUCCCGGGAAGGAGCGAUUCCACCUCUGAUUGCUUUAACACAAUCUGGAACUAGUCGGGCUAAACAAAAGGCGGAGGCACUGAUUGAGAUAUUACGGCAACCAAGAUCCGGUAAGGGCGCUGUCAGGACAUUUGAUUCAGAAAUGUCGUUUUAGUUGUUUUUGUCCCCCACAUACAAAAUACA